GUGUCAAGUCUGAGCCUAGCAGAAAUCUAAGCCAACCAGAGAGAAAAACAACUAAGUUAGCUUGGCAGCUAGCUUCGAACUUCUGACAUGGCGUCGUUAACAGCGACAGAACCAGCGGUGUGUCCGGGUUCAAUAUCAGCGGCGGAGUCCAUCGUGCCGGCUUGCAUGUUUGCACCGGACCGUGGUUGUGCCGAAGAUCAGUCCAGUGGAGAAGUCUUUGCAGAAAGCGAUGGCACAAAUGGAGAGGCCGUGGAUCAUCUAGAUUUGAGCAGCAAGCUGGCUCUUGUGAGUCCAUCAGGGGAACAGUAUGAUUCAUUACUGCGACAUCUGAGGGAGCGGAUAGAUGAGGGCUGUGGGGAGACAAUCUUUGUGGUUGGGAUGGGCUCAGAUGGUGGCGACUAUGGUCUGAAUGAGAAAGACAUGGAAGCAUCAGUAGCCACUGUUCAGUCGCUGUGUGAACAGAUCGAGGCCGACUUAAUCCUGCUGAGAGAGAGGUCAGACACUGGUGGCAAGAUUCAGGACUACCUCAUCCGUCGGCGUGUGGGCGAACAAGACUUUCUGGAAGUUAGAGUGGCGGUUGUUGGGAAUGUGGAUGCCGGAAAGAGCACGCUUCUCGGAGUGUUGACCCAUGGCGAGCUGGACAAUGGCAGAGGCUUUGCUCGCCAGAAGCUCUUCAGGCACAAACACGAAAUGGAGAGUGGCCGGACCAGCAGUGUGGGCAAUGACAUCCUGGGCUUUGAUCAGGAGGGGCAGGUGGUUAACAAGCCAGACAGCCAUGGUGGGGGUCUGGAUUGGACCAAAAUCUGUGAGAAAUCCUCAAAAGUCAUCACCUUUAUUGACCUGGCUGGCCACGAGAAGUAUCUAAAGACCACCGUGUUCGGCAUGACGGGCCACCUGCCUGAUUUCUGCAUGCUAAUGGUUGGCAGUAACGCCGGCAUCGUUGGCAUGACCAAAGAGCAUCUCGGCCUGGCCCUGGCUCUGAACGUGCCAGUGUUUGUGGUGGUAACCAAGAUAGAUAUGUGUCCAGCUAACAUCUUACAAGAAACACUAAAAUUAUUACAAAGGUUAUUAAAGUCACCUGGCUGCAGGAAAAUCCCCGUUCUCGUCCAGAACAAAGAUGAUGUAAUCGUCACAGCAUCAAACUUCAGCUCUGAAAGGAUGUGCCCAAUUUUCCAGAUCUCAAAUGUGACGGGGGAGAACAUGGACCUGCUGAAGAUGUUCUUGAACCUCCUCUCGUCCAGAGCCACUUUUAGCAACGACGAACCCGCGGAGUUCCAGAUAGACGACACAUACUCGGUGCCGGGUGUGGGUACUGUAGUUUCAGGGACUACGUUACGUGGAAUGAUACGGCUCAACGACACGCUGCUCCUAGGCCCCGACCCGCUCGGCAUUUUCAUCCCGAUAGCUGUAAAGUCGAUACACCGCAAGAGGAUGGCUGUCAGAGAGGUGCGCGGUGGACAGACCGCCUCAUUCGCCUUAAAAAAGAUCAAACGCUCAUCAAUAAGGAAAGGAAUGGUAAUGGUUUCACCAAAGCUAAUGCCUCAGGCUACGUGGGAGUUUGAGGCCGAGAUUUUGGUGCUACAUCAUCCAACCACGAUAUCCCCAAGAUACCAGGCAAUGGUGCACUGUGGCAGCAUUAGGCAGACCGCCACCAUCCUAACAAUGAACAAAGACUGUCUCAGGACAGGGGACAAGGCCUCCGUCCAUUUCCGCUUCAUUAAGACCCCCGAGUACCUGCACUGUGAUCAGAAGCUGGUGUUCAGGGAAGGACGCACCAAAGCUGUGGGCACCAUCACAAAGCUCCUCCAAUCAGUGAGCACCCAGGCUGCUAGAGCUCAGCAGUCCAAGAAUCAGGCCAUUAAGAAGGCCAGUAAAGAGGGCCCGGCAGCCAGUGAGGACGCGGCAUGUACAGCACGGCCCCAAAGUCCGAGCACAGCACAGCCAUCAACAGUGGCAGAGGAGGAGGCUCUUUGUAAAGAUGACAACAAAGAAAACAAGGUAAAGGCGUGUCCGCGGGAUGCAGGAGUCAUGAUGGUGUCUCCCUUAAGCCAGGAGGUGGAGGACGCCGGCGAGGGGGUCAGAGACAUCGAGGGAAGGGCCUGAAUCCUCCAAUCAUGUCUUCAGCAGUGUCUGCAGGAGCAACAGGCACAUCAUGAAGACACGGUCUUUGCAAACACUUUUUAAGGGAAGAGAAGUGGUUGUCUGACCCUCUGCUGACCAUCGCCUGUCAUCACUCCUUUCUUUAAUACAAAGGAAUUAUUCAGCCGUUUCACAAAGGGAGUCGAUUAUUUUUUCGUUUACAGACAAAGUUGACAUCUUUAUUGAGGUAAUCAUCCAUGAAGUUUUUAUUUUUAUUUUUAUUUAAUUUAGUUUGAAAGUCACAUUAUAUAACAAUCUGUUUUUAGUAAGAAGCGUGUCAGGGAUGUUCACCUUCUUUUAGUUAAUUGGAACUCCCAGUAGAACCAUUAGUCACUUUUUCUGCCUCGUCUCCAGCCUUCAAAUUCCCUCCUUCUGUCACCGUACAUCAUUUACUCGUUAUAAAUCCUUCUGUGUUCCCCUCUCCACACCGAACUGUCACUGAUAUUCCCUUUGGAUGGCCAAGGGUUGUCUUCGCCACACUAUUGCAUCAUAAACUCGACUGGGCGGGUUGUGGUUAAUUGUUGGUUCUUUGUGACAGAAUAGUAUAAAUGUGCAUUGGAAUGGACCUGAAAGGGAAUUGAUUCUAAACUUGGAUGGGGUGGGGGUUAAGACAAAGUAUUAAUUAGAUGUAGCUGAAGUCUUUUUUUUAAUUUUUUUUUAUACCACUGUUUUUGACAGGUGUUCCCUGAAGGAAAAAAAAACCCUGAUGAGAACUUUUAUGGGA